AUGUCGGAAUCCGACGAAUAUCGUGCCAACUCAUACUUCGGCUCGCUCAUCGAGACCAUGCUCAGUUUGUUCAUGUCCAUCUCUGACGGCGUGAGUUGGGAGAAUGUGAUCUCACCCCUUCUCCACAUCUCGCCGGUUUGGGGGAUCCUCUAUACCUUCUAUGUCUCGUUUAUCUACUUCGCAGUCCUGAAUGUCUUGACCGCGGUUUUCUGCCAAACGGCAAUCGAAAGUGCGCAGAACGAUCAUGCCACAGCGAUCCAUUCCAUCAUGGCCCACAAGGAGUCGCACCUGGAAAAGAUUCGCAUCCUCUUCUCAGAACUUGGAGACGAGAGAAGUGACGUCAUCACCUACGCCAUGCUAGAGCGAAAGAUGAUGGCGCCUGAAACACAGCGAUACUUCGAAUCCCUGGGACUCGAAAUCUGGGAUGUGUGGACCUUCUUCAAGCUCUUGGACCACGAUCAAGACGGAAAUGUCCAUCUCGAGCAAUUUCUGGAGGGAUGCCUCCGGCUCCGUGGUCAAGCGAGCUCCGUGGAUGUUGCGCGGCUGAUCCAUGACCAGACGUGGUUGAUCUCUACCCAAGGCAGCUUCCAGAGCUUCGUGGAGACUGAGCUGAGGAGCCUGAGGCAGGAGCUCCGAACAUCGAAAGCAGCGUCGCCGGGGCCGAGCCGCUCUCCAAACCGGGCCUAA